ACGUCACGAGUUGAACGGAAGUGUGAUUAGCACGCAUCUCUACUUGAAACAUUGUUGGCCUUAAUCGAUCUCUUACACAUGCAAAAUUGGGCCAAUAUCAACAUUUGCCAUAGUGUAAGAAUUUUGUAUUAAUUAUUUAUUUAUUGCAUAUUGGCUAGCUACAAAAUUGUAACAUAUUACUAACGGAGAAACUGGGCUGGACAAGAUGGCCAGCUGCAAUUUUCAGGCGCAGUUGGUAUCUGUUAUGGAGGUAUUAGCUAAAGCAGCUAUAGCAGAAAUAAACAAACGUGUAGAUGAUAGCUGUGCUGUUAUACGUUUGGAAAUGACCCAAAGCCAGCGAGAUAUUGAUGUACUGAAAAGGAAGUGGCAAAUGAUGGAGAGCGAGUUGAAGAAGACGCGAGGACGAGUCAGAAGAAAAGUUUUUUACCCCAUGGCAUCAGAGAGAUCUUCAUAUCCAGUCAAGAUUGUUUUGAACAAGCAGAGUAGCUCACAGUGGAGAGACGAAGAGCUGGCUGUUGAAGAAGACUCUCAACCACAGCCUUCAGAUGUGGAGCAGAGAGUGGAGACUGAACCCAUACUGAUCAAAGAUGAGGAGACAGCAGAGGACGUGUGGAAGACUGACCCUCAGGAAGAGCUCAGGAUCACUGGAGAGGAGUCUGGUUCCAAGCCUGGGAAACCACCAUCCUUUGAGCAACGGCACUCUGAUGUGGACUUCAUCACACAACCCAGCAUGUCUCCCGAAGACUCAGUGGAACAUUACCCCAAUUCUGAUCGUCCAGAGGAACCAGGAACACCCCGGCUCGCAUCUACAGAGGUGUUCAGCGCAGAGCAGCACCGGCCGGACGAGGACUCACUAGAGCUAGUGAUGGUGAAGAAUGAGAAAGAGGAGGAGCUGGGUCAGACCACGGCCCUGGCAGGACCUGACCAGUUUGUCAUGGAUGAGACUGAUGGGCAGCUGUGGACCUCUGUGGAUCCAGGCGGAGACACUGACCCUGUCUGCCACCCAGAUUUCUCCUUUCAUUCCACAGAAGAGUACUCUCAGAAUAUCUCAAUGGUCCCAUCUCAUAGUGGGCUGUCAUCUGUUCCUACUAUGACAGAUGAUGUAGGGCCAUCGCUUCACUCUUCUAUAMGYAAARCACAUGCUAACKUGUUCAGUGCWGCAYKACACAMGAYAAGACAUGUCAGMACAURGYCUGAUGAGYCUAGACAACAGAUGRCAGAGGGACAGAGRAGUGAYAMGCUGAARUCAAAUAAUGAWGGAAAUAGUUUAGRUCUACAGUCAAGGCAGCAUCAYUACYGGGCUUCAGAAGCAACAGUGAGAUUGAGUGAGUGCAUGACAGGGUCAAACAUGGCCACCACCUCCACCUUCUCUGGAUACAGCCUGAGUCACAGUAGUUUUAACAUGGUGAAGAGAAUGAGGACUCAGUGGAGAUCAGGCGGKACCACCGAGAGGCGWUUCAGCUGCACCUUCUGUGGGAAGAGCUUCCAGCGUUUCUGCCAGCUCAAAGUCCACCUCCGGAGUCACACCGGAGAGAAACCGUACACCUGCGAACAGUGUGGCAGGAGUUUCACCCAGCAGUGCAACUUGAUCAGACAUGCUGUAGUCCACAGCGGGGAGAAGCCCUUCGAGUGCAAACAGUGUGGGAAAUGCUUCACCCAGCGCUCUAGCAUGAAGUCACAUCAGAAAACUCACAUAGGAGAGAGUCCAGUGUCUCAAUACGUGGUACCCGCAUACCCUCGGGAUCCACACACAAGUUUAAAGCGCAACUGA